CACUUCCAUGGAGAGCGCUAAUUAAGCAAGAACUGCAAAGCCUCCUCACAGAGGGGGCUUAGUGAGCAUGCGCAGUAGGAAUCACGCCUAUGAAGGGCGCUUAUUGAGCAAACGCGGUGUUCCUAACUUCCAGGGAGGGCCUUUACUGAGCAUGCGCAGGGCGACAGUAGAAAGAGCUCCCCUGGAGGGCUCUUACUGAGCAUGCACAGUCGGAAUCACGCCCAUGGAGGGCGCUAAUGAGCAUGCGCGGCGCAAAGCUCUCCUCACGGAGGGGGUCUUAGUGAACAUGCGCAGAGUGGUCCUUUUCCCCAGUUGAGUUGGUAAAUGCCUGUCGAGAGGGAAGGAGGGUGCCGAGGAUGAAGAAGGCGGCCAGCCGGGCCUCCAGCGCCGCGCCCAAGGCCAACGCCGGCACCGCCAGCACCAACAGCAGCAACAGCAAGGCCGCAGCCGAGAAGAGCAAGGCCGAAGGCGCCGCCUCCAUUCCUGCCUCCUCCAAGGCCCUCAAGGCCGGGACGCCGUUGCUCAAGACUAAGAGCAGCGAUGACCUCCUAGCAGCCGGAAUGGCAGGUGGAGUGGCCUUCAGCAAUGGUGGAGGAGGCGGAGUCAAAGGGAAGAAGAGUUGCCCCACCUCUACUGCUCCGCCCCUUCCUCCCUCUUCUGCCGCCAAUCCUACAAACAGCAGCAACAGCAACCCAGAGAGUAAGGCCAAGACUUUCACAGGUCCCAAUAUGGCAGCCAAGCGCAGCGCCUCCUCCUCAGGCACCAAGGACCGCCUCCGCUCCCGCCCCUCAGCCUCCAAGAAACUCCCCAGCGAACCCUCCUCUUCCUCCAAUUCACUGACCGCCAAACGCUCACGCUCCCGCAUGGCUGAGGCCCACCUGCCCAAGUCCAAAUCAGACACACAGAUCAUGUCCGCCGACCGGUCCUCUUUAGAAGCUGCCCUCAAGGCAAAGGAAGCGGAGAUCCUGCGGCUGCGGGGGGAGCUGCGAGGGAAGGCUGAGCCCCUCUCGGGCCAGUCAGGAACCUCCAAUGAGGGAACAGAGGUGCCCGCCCAUGCCGAGCCCGAGGCGGCUUCCAUCCGAGAAGAACUGGCCCGACUAAAGAGUGAGAACCGGAUGCUGAAGGACCGCUUGAACGCCCUAGGCUUUGAGCGGAUGACCCCUUCGGCCGAGGGCUCCUUGGAGGACCUCCUGGGCCACCACUCUCUGGACAACAGUGAGAGCAGCGAAGCCUACCACCCCUUGACCUCCAGCGACGAUGCUCUGGAUGCCCCCUCCUCCUCUGAGUCGGAAAACGGGGGAAACAACAACAGCAAUGACAACAACGAACUCUCCUUGGCUGGGUUGACCGAGCGCAUCCACCAAAUGGAGGAGAACCAGCACAGCACUUCGGAGGAGCUUCAAGCCACGCUUCAGGAAUUGGCCGACCUUCAGCAAAUCACCCAGGAAUUGAAUAGUGAAAAUGAGCGACUCGGCGAGGAGAAGUUGAUCCUCAUGGAGUCGCUGUGUCAACAGAGUGACAAGCUGGAGCAUUUCGGGCGGCAAAUUGAGUACCUGCGCUCUGUGUUGGACGAGAGUGAGAUUGUCUACAUCCUAGAGGGAGAUCUAAAGAGCAACCGCUACCUGGAACUGGAGCAGCGCUAUGUGGAUCUGGCAGAGAAUGCCCGCUUUGAGAGGGAGCAGCUGCUGGGAGUGCAGCAGCACUUGAGCAACACGCUGAAGAUGGCAGAGCAGGACCACGCAGAGGCGCAGGCGGUGGUGUCGGCCUUGAAGGAGCGAGUGCAUCUGGCAGAGCGGGCCCUGGAGGCCGAGCGUGAAGCCAACGGGGCCCUGGCCCUGGCCCUGGAGGAGUGCCGCUUGGGGAGGGACGGAGAGCGGGCUGAGCUGGCCCGGAUGGAGGCUGCACUAGAGGCUGAGCGGGAGAAGCUGGCCGAGCUGUAUGCCUUGCACCGCGGAGGCAUGGAGGAGAGGGACAUCCAGGGCCUGCUGGAGGGAGCACGGGCUGAGAAGGAGGAGGCCCAGGCUCAGGCUGCACAGGCCAAGGAGGAGAGGGAGCGCGCCAAGGCUGAGGCUGCACGCAGUCGGGAGGCCCUCGAGAAGCUGGAGGCGGAGCUUGCCUCUGUGCGGCUGGAGGCGGAACGCGAGGCAUCUGAGCUGUCGGUUGCUGUGGGGACGCUGGGCGCGGAGCUGGAGGGCUCCCUGGCAGAGGGGCGGGAGCUCAAGGAGCGCCUCUUUGAGCUGGAGGAUGAGGUGGAGCAGCACCGGGCCCUCAAGCUCCACCAUGACCUCCUCGCCACAGAUCUACACAACACUGUGAAGAAGCUUCAGGACCAAAAGCAUGACAUGGAAAGAGAGAUCAAGACCCUCCACAGACGACUGCGGGAGGAGUCUGCGGAGUGGCGGCAGUUCCAGGCGGACCUGCAGACGGCGGUGGUGAUUGCGAACGACAUCAAGUCCGAAGCGCAAGAGGAGAUCGGGGACCUGAAACGGAGGCUUCACGAGGCCCAGGACAAGGCCGAGAAGCUUGCCAAGGAGCUGGAGGAGAUCAAGUCCCGCAAGCAGGAAGAGGAGCGGGGCCGGGUGUACAACUACAUGAAUGCGGUGGAGCGGGACCUGGCCGCCUUGCGCCAAGGGAUGGGCCUCAGCCGCCGCUCCUCCUCUUCCUCCACCAACACCACCUCCACCUCCGAGCCCUUGGCCCCUGCCUUGACCGUCAAGACCCUCAUCAAGUCCUUUGACAGCGCCUCCGCCUCCUCCGCACCAGGACCGGGUCCCUCUUCCUCAUCUGCUUCCUCGAUGCCUCGGACCCCUCUGAGCCCCAGCCCUAUGAAGACCCCUCCAGCCGCGGCCGUCUCCCCAAUGCAAAGGCAUUCUAUCAGUGGCCCCAUUUCCACCCCAAAGCCCCUUUCGGACAAGAGGCCGGCCUUCGCAGAGAUCCCCGCCCAAGGUACAAAAGACCACCUUCUGAGGCCUUCUUCUUCAACCAGGGUCCCUGCCAUGGAAGGCUCCAAGUCUAUUUCCGCCUCUUCCCGCCGCAGCAGUGAAGAGAUGAAGAGGGAGCUCUCUGCCCCGGAUGGACCUGCCACUUCCUCCGCUACCAACCCCUCGCCCUCCCCCACCGCCUCUGUCACGCCAACAACACGCAGCCGCAUCAGGUACACGGAGGAGCGAAAGGACCCCCUUUCUGCUUUGGCCAGAGAGUAUGGCGGCUCCAAGAGGAAUGCCCUCCUCAAGUGGUGCCAGAAGAAGGCCGAGGGCUACCAGAACAUUGACAUCACAAACUUCAGCAGCAGCUGGAAUGAUGGCUUGGCUUUCUGUGCUGUUCUUCACACUUACCUUCCAGCCCACAUUCCUUACCAGGAGCUCAAUAGUCAGGACAAGAGGAGGAACUUCACCUUGGCCUUCCAAGCAGCCGAAAGCGUCGGCAUCAAGUCCACUCUGGACAUUAACGAGAUGGUACGGACGGAGCGCCCAGAUUGGCAGAAUGUCAUGUUGUAUGUGACGGCCAUCUACAAAUACUUCGAAACCUGAGAGACGAGAAGCAUUAAACCCCCUCGAAAAUCUAAUACUCCAAGGAAAACCGUCAUGAAUGAAUUGCCUUCUCUUCUUCUUCGCACAAUUGAUGGAAAUUGCAAAAUUGCGUGGAGGAUUGACAGUCGUUUCAAACGUUUCUGGAGCCUUGAAAAACAAUUUCUCUAGUUUCUCACUAUUUUUCCCAUUAUUGUUAUUUUUGUUCAUUAACAAAUAUCUCAGAUGAUCCGGAUCUGACGUUUUCAGAACAUUCUACUUUUCCAUCUAUUCGUUUGCCGUUAAAACGAAUGAAUAUUAACAGUGUUUCUGGAACAGUCUACUUUUCGAUAUCUUUUCUCAAUUGAAAUGAAUGAAGAUUAAUGGCAUUUCCGGAGCAAUCCUUAACCAUUUUUUUUUUGUUUUCCAGCGAAUAGAUUAAGCUCCUAUUCAGAAUGAAUUGUAUAUUGCUUGCCUCUGUGGGGCCUAUAUAUAUACAUAAUAUUUUGUUUUGUUUGUUUCCUUUCAUUAUCUUAAUUUUUCUUGCCUUCAUUACCUGCCAGUCAUCUUCAUAACCUUUUAAAGAAAAUGAGAUGAAUUUCUUUCAUGGGACAUAAAUAAGCAGUUGAUUUUGAGCCGGAAAACGCCAGAAAAAGAGGAUUGUAUUAUUUGAAAAAUGGGAUUCGAGGAAGUGCCUUAAUUAGGAUCCUGGGUUAAUUCAUUAUUGCCUCAUUUAGAAAGGCCUCUCCAACUCAAAUUAUAUGUGAGAAAGUGAAGAUCCUACGGCCGCCGUAUUAUUAUGAUUACUUUCUUUGAUUUUAUUUCAUAAUUUAGUUGCCUUUGUUGUUUGGCGGUGUUUUGAAUUUUUUUUGGCCAUUUCUCCUUCAUUUUUCAUUGUGCCUAAUUAGACCCUUUUCUGAAUGUUAGUGAAGGACCGAGAAUGUAAAAUAUUCAAUCUUAUCCCGUUUUAUGGUGGUUUUUGAAAAAGGAAACAAGGAUAAAACCAGGAGGAAAAUGGGGGGGGGGGGGGGGGGG